AUGAGCAGCAACUCGCUUUCUAGAAGUCAGGCGUCUUCUUCUUUUGGUAGAAGCGACUUUAAGCCAAUUUCUGCGGGCAGAUCUUCAUUUCGUAUUCAUCAUUAUUCGAAUGGGAAUCAAGUUCCAUCCAUGGGAAGCUCUCCAAAAGCAAGGACUUCACCCUGGUCUUCAUUUGGCAAUAACGGAUUUCUCAAUGAGGGAAGUUGGAGGGAGUCCCAUUACGGGGAAGUCGAUACAUCCACAGAAGCACCUGCACCUAGAAGACAACAGAGACCUAGCGUACCGAAGUCAUCUGGUUUAAUAUAUCAUACAAAGGCCAAGAAGGAACUUGCAAGCAUCGACAAAAUAAAUGAUCCAUCUGUUCAUGGAUUGGUUUGUGCAGGAAAAGCCCAUUUGGGUUAUUAUAGGUUUUCAGAAGAAAAUCAUUCCAUCACUUGCACGCAUGAUUUCAUGACAACAGAGAGCUCAGGGCAGCAAGGCUCCUUUUCUCCCAUUAUAAAGAAAAGAGGAAGACAGACAAAACUGAGUACUAUUGCCGACGUAAAAACUGGAUAUUACAGUCACAAGAAUUAUGCUGCGAUAUGUCACAAUUCGACUGUGGUGUCAGUCUAUGAUCUGAACAAAACCUCUUCAUUAGAGAAUCCACUAGUCACUACUCUUUCCGAACAUGUGAGAUCGGUGAAUUGCUUCGAGUUUAAUAGUGUUCAAACGAAUUUGUUAAUAAGCGGUGGUCAAGAUGCAUGCGUCAAGGUGUGGGAUCUCCGAUCUAGCGGUAUGAACAAAGGUAGUAGGAGUGACGUGAAAAUAUCUACAGCGUCUGAUUCUAUAAGAGAUGUUAAAUGGAUGCCAAUUCAGAAUUAUGCUCACGUAGGCUCCCCACAAGACGUGAAAAACGGGAAUAAUGCAGGAUUUAAAUUUGCAUCGAUACAUAAUUCAGGAAUGCUUCUUCUCUUUGAUCUAAGGCAACCAAAUCAAGUGGAAAGAAGAAUAAAUGCGCACACGGGUCUGGGACUCUGUCUAAACUGGCACCCUAGCUGUGAAUAUAUUGCAACCGGUGGCAGAGAUGGUAAGUGUUGUCUAUGGUAUGUCGGCGACAAACCUCAGCAUGACACAAAUCCACACUUUCUUCAGAUGUCCUCAAUGUAUACACCACAUGCUCUGAAUACAACUGGCUCAAACAGUUUAGCAGUACUGCCCGAAGUAACGAUAAAUACAGGGUUGCCUGUCACAAAGUUAAAGUUCUGCCCCGGCUCUAACACAAAUGCACUCAAUGCUUCGCUUGCUUUAUCUUCUAUGAAUGAGGAAGCUGCUGUAACCGUUUAUUCUCUGGCAAGAAAAUACAUUCCAAAACAUGUGCUUACAACUGCUGCACCAUCCUUAGGUUUGGUUUGGUGGGACGAUAAGCUCAUAUUUAGUGUUGAUAAGGACGACCACAUAACUGGGUGGAAUGUGCAACAGGAGCCAACCGUUUUAGAUAACCUUUCGCGAUGUACCACAAAAUGGAGAGACAUUGGAGGUAAUGGUCUACUCUUCACCGAUCAACAGAAAGGUGGGUAUGACGUAGAACAAACACCUGCAGUGCUCCUUGAAGAUAAAAAAAAUUUGAGUCAUAAGGCAAGUAUCUCCUCCGUCACUAAUAUUAAGAACACUUCCAGAUUUAUGGAGAGCAUGAAAAAAGGAAUGAGUCACACCAAUCUGCCAUCCUUUUCAGCUGACAGAUCUUCAUUACUGAAGCCAGGACAUUCUUUCAGUGGAAAAAGCUUGGGGCCAGGCUCUUUGGGCUUAUCACACCAUAAUUCAAGUGUAUCAUCUAGUCCUUUCAAUUUUGCGAGCGAUGCGCCUGAAUUGAGAAACAUCGAAUCUCCUGCCGUUGUUACACUGGAUCUACCUCUUAUUUUGAACUCAAUGAGAUUAUCUCGUAUACCAGCGCAGAAGAGUAAGUCCCUUUAUCCGGAAGCAUCUGCUAUUGUGGAGUCCCCUGUCAAAGUUUUCAAAUUUUUAGCGAGAGAGUUGGAGUUCUCUUAUAAUCAUGCAAAAAGACAAGGAGAAGCAAAGACCUAUAACCAAGAGGCGUCUUCCAAUGAUGAAGAGAUAAAAGAAGAUCUCAUGGAACGUUAUGGUCUUUCAGAAAAUACCACUUGGGCCGCAUUGGUGAACAAGAAGAAUGAAAGCGACGCUAGCAGGAAUCGUCACAUUUCAAAGGGCACAGAUUCAAAAGGUAUUGAUUCCAACGCAGAAUCAAUUUCGAAAAAGGAAGAUGCACAAAAUUACGAAAAAACAUCGGAGUUGCGGAAAAAGAAGAGUGCUCUGACUGAAAGCAUCAAUGAUUUAACAUCAGUCGUUCAACAGAAAAUCGAUCUUCUAAUGGAAUUGAUUCCGAUAUGUACCCAUAAUGCCUCAGUUUACUCAUAUAUUGAUGAUCUACCAAAUUUCAAAAUAUGGCUACUUGUAAGAGAUUCACUAUUGUGGGACUUAAAGAAGAUGAGCACGGAAAAUCCAGCUAUACCCAUUGAUGAUUGCAAUACACUUCCCAUUCAGAUGCAGGAAGUUUCACGAAAUGCAUCAAUCACAGCUGAUGACAAUGAUUUAAGUGAAUCAGCGUGUGAAAGUGGCGCCACAAGUGGAAUAAAUUCAUACGUAGAAGAUCUACCGCAGGCUCUUCGAGAAAAUUACAACGAGUCAUUUAAGAAGAAGAAGUCUUCAGAGAUGGUUUCUGAUUUGAAACGACAAUUUAUGGCUGAAAAAGUUGCAAAUACAGAAAACCAACGCCACCUGCAUCACGUACAGGAUAAGAAUUCGAAGAGUUGGAAGGAAAUUGAAGAUGCGACUGAAAGAGGUGAUGUUUCGAAUGUUUACGACGGUUCAGAUAUUGAAGAUGACAAUGAUACAGAACCAAUCAGCCUAGGUGAAGGCGACGGAAUCCCUAUAUUGGGCAAGAGGCCCCAUCGUCUCUCUUUUAUAGAUACUUUCAUGACAGAUGUAAGAUCACCGGGUGUUCCAGAAAAUGAAUCAUAUAUGAAAAGCAGGCAUGCUCUUUCGUUAAGUCACAGCAGUCCAGUAAGUAAGAUGUCUUCACUUCACAGUUUAAAUCCUCAUUCAACUUCAACAGCACUCCCAAAAAAAACCGCCGGACUUAUGGCACUUACAGGAUCCCCCGACCUGAAGAAACCGCAGUUGAGCAAAAGCAAACUCUCCGAGUUUGGGCAGUUGCUGGCACGACAUCGAUCGAGUGAUCUCUUACAAGAUGAUUUCAAUUCCAAAAAAUUUAAAACAAAAUCUGUUAUACCACCUUGGAAUACCAAGAAAUUAAUGAAACAACUUUACGAACAAGCAGCAGAAACGGGGGAUGUUUUGCUUGCGGUAAAUAUUCUACUGCUUUUUCAAAAUGUCUACCAUAUAACUACUACAGAUAUUGUGAAGAGUUCUUUAGCGCAAUUCACAAAAAUCUUACACCAAUAUGAGCUAUUUGAAAUUUCUGCUGCAAUAUUAAAGUACUCUCCAUGGGAUGAUAUCAUGCACACGGAGGGGGGCCAAUCGUCAAUUCAAUUAUUUUGUGACAAAUGUGGCACUCUAAUAAUGAACGAAAGCUCUAAGGAGAAAUAUACAUUAGAAUGUCAAAAAGUUGGUAAUGAUGAUCCCAUGAAAAGGUUUGGCUAUUGGUACUGCGAUGCUUGUAAAAAACCAAAUACUCUUUGCGUUGUUUGUGAAAAACCACUAAAAAAUCUCUGUAUGGUAAUACUCGAUUGUGGACAUCAGGGUCAUUUGGAAUGCUUGCAAGAGUGGUUUUUACAGGAAGGCAUGACUGAAUGUCCAGCCGGUUGCAUGAAUAACAUCGGUAUUUGA